AUGGUCUUUUGUUUUACAAGAUUGAAUAGAAUCUCCAAAGCCAAUUGGGAGGCCUUCACUCUACCCAUUUUCGUAUCUUGUGGCAUCUCUCAUCCUGGAAUAUUUAAACCUAUGAGAGAAAUCAAAGUAAAAGGCUUGUCUAGUUUGCAUAAUCUUGCAUCUGAUGGAGAAUCUCAUGUCCAACGAUCUACGUCAUUAGUCGAAGAAGAGACAGGUUCAUUAUCAGUUGUACAGUCCACCCCUGAAAUAGAAAAGAAGUAUGUGCAUCGUGUUUAUGAUGCCAUUGCACCUCAUUUUAGUUCCACCAGGUUUGCCAAAUGGCCAAAAGUUGCCACCUUUUUGAACUCCUUACCUUCAGGAUCUCUUGUACUGGAUGCAGGAUGUGGAAAUGGGAAGUACUUGGGUUUUAAUCCUGAUUGCACUUUUGUAGGAUGUGAUAUAAGUGAACCACUUAUCAAAAUUUGUGCAGAUAGAGGGCAUGAAGUUCUUGUUGCAGAUGCAGUAAAUCUUCCUUACAGAACUGGUUUUGGUGACGCAGCAAUAUCUAUAGCAGUGUUACAUCACCUAAGUACAGAGAACAGGAGGAAGAAGGCAAUAGAUGAAUUAGUUCGAGUUGUCAAAAAGGGUGGUCUGGUUCUAAUAACUGUUUGGGCUGUAGAACAGGAGGAUCAAUUGUUGGUUACAAAAUGGACUCCCCUUAGCCAAAAGUAUGUUGAAGAGUGGAUAGGACCAGGUAGCCCUCGUGUCCGAAGCCCUUCAUCAAUUACAUUAGAAAGCAUCCCUGAAACCGAGAAUAAUUCAAAGGAGCAUGAAAAGGAUACCGAGAGUCCAGGCCACAAGUUCGGGGGAACUGUGCUUUUGACUUCUAAAGAUGAUAGCAGUGUACAAAAUCAACAGGAGUAUUUUGUCCCUUGGCACUUACCUUAUCAUAGGGCUGAAGUCAGUGGUGCAUCAGCAUGUGCUCUUGCAAAUGGCCUGGCAAAGAAGGAUGAUAAAAAAGGUGCUGUGGUGUAUAACAGAUAUUACCACGUCUUCAGUGAAGGUGAACUCGAAAGGUUGGUAUCUGGAAUGAAAAAUGCAGUAGUAGUUGAUCGAUUUUUUGACAAGUCAAAUUGGUGUAUCAUUCUUCAGAAAACUUUAUGA